AUGGACUCACUCGAUCGUCUCAACAACGACCAAAAGGACCUUCUAAACCAGUUUCAGGCAAUAACCCAGUCUGAUGACUUGGAGACGUCCAUAAGCAGAUUGGAACAUUACAACUGGAACUUGGAGAGAGCUGUUGAAAGUGUAUACGAUGCCAACAAUUCCCAUGACGCUGAGCGAGAGAAGUUGGAACAAGAGGUCGCGUCAAGUGCACAGUCGACUAGCAACAGCCGCAGCUCACCUUUAGAAACGGAUCCGUUGACAAGGAGUAGUAGUUCAUCAUCCACACCACCACCUAUCCCACCAGCAUCACAUCGACGACAACGUCCUCGUUUCAGUCUCUUAUCAUUGUUGACGUGGCCAUUUGGUGUCGCAUGGAAUAUCACAUGGGCUAUUCUUUCCUUUGCAUCUCGUAUUUUGUCUCGCCCAUCCAUCACAAACACCUCCUCCUCCUCCUCCAAUCGAGCUACUUCUUCUCAGCAACGACAAGAUCCACGCACCGUUGCAGCACGAUUCCUGCGUGAAUUUGAACUCAAAUAUGGAGAGACCCACAUUGAUUUCUUCCAAGGAGGAUACUCACAAGCAUUGGAGAUCGCUCGUCGUGACCUGCGUUUCCUUUUGGUGGUUUUGCAAAGUGAUGAACAUGAUGAUACCGAUGCCUUUUGCAGGCAAACAUUGACGUCAAAUGAGUUGAUUGAUUAUCUUCACCAAAAGAACGUGUUAGUAUGGGGUGGCAAUGUACGUGAAUCGGAAGCUUUCCAAGUCAGCAGCACGUUACAAGCAACCAUGUAUCCAUUUAUGGCAAUUAUUGCCUUGCAGUCUUCCAACAACGCCUCAUCAAGAGCCAUGAAAAUGUCGGUCGUUGAUAGAGUUGAAGGAUUAACAGACGUAUCCACGAUUAUUCGGCGUUUUGAUACGAUGAUCCAGCGCUAUGGUGGAGCCAUCAAUCGACUUCGAAUGGAGCGUGAUCAACGUGAUAUGGAACGACGACUUCGUGAAGAACAAGAUAGAGCUUAUUUGGAAAGUCUUAAAGCCGACCAAGAAAAGGAACGACAAGCACGUGAAGCACGUGAGGAAGCUGCACGAGCAGAAGAAGCAGCCAAACUUGCUGAACAAGAACGUUUGGAACAAGCAGAGAAACGACAACAAUACAUUCGUUACUUGUGCCGUACCCUUGCUCCUGAACCUGAUUCAAGCUAUGAUGGCAAAGUAGCCAAGCUAAGUUUCCGUUUGGCUGAUGGUGAACGUGUGAUUCGCAAGUUUAAAGAUGAGGAUACAUUGGAGACCUUGUACAAAUUUGUCGAGGCGUAUCCAUUAGUCAAAGCCAAAGAAGACGUGAGCGACGCUGAACUUCCCACCAACUACACACACAAGUACAACUUCACCAUCAUCUCGCCUUAUCCCAGAACUGUGUAUGAACCAAGUGGCUCCAAAAUGGUGUCAGAAGAAAAGGGGCUUUGGCCAAGUGCUACACUUAUUGUAGAUGCAGAUGUUAUUGAUGAGGAAGAUGAGGAAUAA